GUUUCCAUUUCCUUCCUUCCUCUAAACUUUUACCUCUAGGGUUUCUCCUUUCAUGGUUUACUCAGUAUAACUAAAUUGAUUUUGCCCUCCACGAAUCCUCCUGUGAUGUUCACUGCGAUCAUGGCAAUGAAAACGAAUCUUUUUCUUGGUUUGAUAACCAUAAUUAUUAUAACUGCGUUCAUGUUAACGGUAGGAGGGGAAAGCAUUGACUCGACUACAUGCCUGUGCAAUAGGAACAUUUGCAACGCUGUAACACUGGGUGCUGUCGAUUUCCAGACGUCGGGGGAAAAAUGCCAAAAGAUGGAAGGAGAGUUAUUGACAGUUCGAUCUGCAGCAUCAGACGAAAUUAUUGGAGAUUUGCUUGUAGGCUUAACGGGAGACUUCUGGAUCGGUUUGCGCCUACCAGCUGACCGAUGUAGCAACAUCGAAUCGAAAUUGAGAGGAUAUCAGUGGGCAACUGGAUUUCAAAUCACAGAAUUCAGCAACUGGAAAGACAACGUAAAUGUCUGCGCUCCACGGUGUGUGUCCGUUUCUACCGAUCGAAAGUGGACAGAACGACCUUGUCGGGAAAAAGUCGACGGAUUUUUGUGUCAGAAUGUUCAUGAAAGCAUGUGCCAAACACCGCAAAUGGAGGCUCAGGAGUUUUUGAAGGAUGGUGAAGGAUGCGCUAUGGCUCCUUGCGAACAUAUAUGCACAGAGGUACCAGGGGGCUACACAUGCUCGUGUAAAGAAGGAUAUAUUCCAAGUAGCGAAAAUCCGCACUUUUGUAAAAUGCACUGUUUUUUGGCCAAAUGUCCAGUAAUAUGCGACAGACACAGCGCUGGGACACAAUGUGAUUGUCCUAGUGGCUUCAUAAAGAGUGACGAUUAUUGCCAAGAUAUUGACGAAUGCGACAAUGGAUAUUGUGAUCAAAGUUGUGUUAACACGGUUGGAAGUUUUGUUUGUUCGUGCAGUGCAGGAUUUUCCCUUCAAAAUCUCGUUAAAUGUGUCAAAACAGUCGGAAAUGAAAGUGUUCCCUUAACAACGCCUGUCCACAGCGACUUUUUAGCGCCAGGUGUUAACUUUACAAGUAAUGUAUCAUCAGCAACAGCGGGGGGGUUUCUUUGGGUAUGGAUUUUCAUUGCAGUGGCGGUCAUAGCACUGAUACUUGUUGUUCGGUAUUGUGUUAUUAAGCGUCAUAAGCAGAAUGUCGAUAGCCAACAGAGAUGUAAUGACGAGGCGUUAUAGAAACCAGUGACUGCCACAUUAAGGAAUGAGGAAAAGCUACUCAAGUUGGGGAGGGGGGUUCAAUGCUACUGUUGUAACUGUCGUUCAGUAUUACUUCUAGAGCCAUGUUGUCAUAAAUGUUAUGAAACCUAAAUAAAGAUGUCUAAAAAGAAACAAAGAAUGACUUAUAGCAUUUUCAUAUGUAGAACAUUCUCAUAAUGGUUGCUAAAUAGUGUAUGAUAAAUAAAAACGGUUUAUGAAUCGUAAAAAUUGAAAAUAAAAGUUAACAUUUCGUUGAUGGAUACCCUACAAAUGAUACACAUACGCAUACACAUUUACAGACAAGGGCAUAUGGUUCUUUAAAUCAAAGUAAUAUAACAAUUGGUUGCUUAAGUGUCUCCUGACCCCUCCUGUCUCAGCCUCCAGUAUUUAUGCUGCAGUAGUUUAUGUGUCGGGGGGCUAGGGUCAGUUUGUUAUAU